GUUUCCUCCGGGACAGCAGGCGGCGCUGCGGCUGCACUCGUCACUAACACAGGAGCCAAGAUGGCGGAGUCAGAGGAGAAGAAAACUGCAGCCUGCACUUUUCUUUUUAAAAAAUCCACCAAAAAAUUCUGUGGACGUAAAAGAAAAGCCAGCGACAGCGAAGAUGGAAGCAGUGGAGAAGACCAGAGCUCCGUGGUCCGCAGAGAAAAGAAAGAAACUCGAGUGAAUCCCAUGAUUCAGAAGACGAAAAAGGUGGAGAGAGAUGUGGUGUCCAGUGACAGCGAAGACGAGAAAGACAAGAAGAUCACAGUCUCCUACAAAUCCACUCGGUCAGCGAAAUCUGAGGGACCGGAGGACAUGGGUGCGACUGCGACGUAUGAGCUGGACACAGAGAGAGACAAAGACGCUCAGGCCAUCUUUGAGAGGAGCCAGAAAAUCCAAGAGGAGCUGACGGGUAAAGAAGAUGAUAAAAUCUACCGCGGCAUCAACAACUACCAGAAAUUCAUCAAGCCGAAAGACACCACCAUGGGAAACGCCUCCUCCGGCAUGGUCAGGAAAGGACCAAUCCGAGCCCCCGAAAACCUGCGAGCCACGGUCCGGUGGGACUACCAGCCCGACAUCUGCAAAGACUACAAGGAGACGGGCUUCUGCGGGUUUGGAGACAGUUGCAAGUUCCUUCACGACAGAUCGGAUUACAAACACGGCUGGCAGAUCGAGCGGGAGCUGGACGAAGGCCGAUACGGCGCCAAUGAUGAAGAGAACUACGAGGUGAGCAGCGACGAGGAGGACAUUCCCUUCAAGUGCUUCAUCUGUCGGGACUCCUACAAGAACCCCAUCGUGACAAAGUGCAAACAUUAUUUCUGCGAGACCUGCGCUCUUCAGCAUUACCGCAAAUCCAAACGCUGCUACGUGUGCAACACUCAGACCAACGGUGUCUUCAACCCGGCGAAAGAUCUGAUGGCGAAGAUAGAGAAACACAACGCAGCGACAGACCAGCCGCCGUCAGACGAAGACGAUUAGGGGUGGAGCUCGCUGCCACGGCAGGGCUUUGUUCAGCAUUUUAAGACAUGACGUGAUGUCCAAGAAGAAAGGGUUCAAACAAGAAUAAAGUCAAAAUGUUUUGUACAUUUACAUUCACCUGGUUAAUUUUGAAUUCUCAUUGUUUUACUUUAUCCAGUGUUGUUUAUUUUCUAAAUGUUUUCCUUCACAUUUUGACUUUGUUCUCUUGGAUCAUAAGAUGCUUCUGAAAACCCUCCUCGCAUCGUUUCCUCAGUACACCGUAGUGCUCUCUCUCCGUUUGUCUGUGUAACUUUGGAAUAAACUCAGUUUUUUUAGCAGC